AGUCACCAUUUGUUCUCAUAUUUAACCGUUUAACAUUUCUAAAGCCCUGUCAUAACUAAAGAUUUUACUGCCUUUUAGUAAAUAAUCCACCUCAAUUCUCAUUUGUGAUCAAUAGUUUUAAAUUAUUUUUUGUUUUCUAUUCAUUUAGUUAAUACUUAUAAAAAAAAUUAAAUCAAAAUGUGUGACGACGAAGUAGCCGCUCUUGUUGUUGAUAAUGGAUCUGGUAUGUGUAAAGCCGGUUUUGCCGGUGAUGAUGCCCCAAGAGCUGUAUUCCCAUCUAUUGUUGGGCGACCAAGACAUCAAGGAGUAAUGGUCGGUAUGGGCCAAAAGGACUCAUAUGUUGGAGAUGAAGCCCAAUCUAAAAGAGGAAUCCUUACUCUUAAAUAUCCAAUUGAACACGGUAUUGUCACCAAUUGGGAUGACAUGGAGAAAAUCUGGCAUCACACCUUCUACAAUGAAUUGAGAGUUGCCCCUGAAGAACAUCCAGUUCUUUUAACUGAAGCCCCUCUUAACCCAAAGGCUAACCGUGAAAAAAUGACCCAAAUCAUGUUUGAAACCUUCAACACUCCAGCUAUGUAUGUAGCCAUCCAAGCUGUUCUUAGUUUGUACGCCUCCGGUCGUACCACCGGUAUUGUUUUGGAUUCUGGUGAUGGUGUUUCUCACACUGUACCCAUUUAUGAAGGUUAUGCUUUACCCCAUGCUAUUCUUCGUUUAGAUUUGGCUGGUAGAGAUCUUACUGAUUAUUUGAUGAAGAUCUUAACUGAAAGAGGUUACUCUUUCACUACCACUGCUGAAAGAGAAAUUGUUCGAGACAUUAAGGAAAAACUUUGCUAUGUUGCUCUUGACUUUGAGCAAGAAAUGGCCACAGCUGCCAGCUCAUCUUCAAUUGAAAAGUCAUAUGAACUCCCUGACGGUCAAGUUAUUACUAUCGGUAAUGAACGAUUCCGAUGCCCAGAAGCUCUCUUCCAACCAUCAUUCCUUGGUAUGGAAUCUUCUGGAAUCCAUGAAACCACUUAUAAUUCUAUUAUGAAGUGUGAUGUUGAUAUUCGUAAGGAUCUUUACGCUAACACUGUUCUAUCCGGAGGAACUACUAUGUAUCCAGGUAUUGCUGACAGAAUGCAAAAAGAAAUCACCGCUCUAGCUCCCAGUACCAUGAAAAUCAAAAUAAUUGCCCCACCUGAACGUAAAUAUUCCGUCUGGAUCGGAGGUUCAAUCUUAGCAUCACUUUCCACUUUCCAACAAAUGUGGAUCUCCAAGCAAGAAUAUGAUGAAUCAGGACCAUCAAUUGUCCACAGAAAAUGUUUCUAAGCUUCAAGCUGUUGCCAAAUCGCUUUACAUUCCUUCAAUUCCAUUUUUCUAGCCCUUAUUUCUUCUACCACCAUCAACAUUUUUAGCUCUUAUAUUCCUAUUGAUUCCAAGAAACCUUAAUUCCACAUUUUUUUUCCACACACAUAUACCUAUCAGUCUAUCGGGCUAAAGGCGUGAAACAGACUGUCUUAAAUGAUCUAUUUCUCUUGUAUUUUGACAUUAAUCUAUUAGCUUAAAAGCUCAACAGGCUGGUAGGAUAUGCCUUCACCCUAUCAACUAUCGAAAUAAACUAAAUUUCUCUUAG